AUGACCAUGGGUACAAUGAAGACCCUUCUUGCUGGGGCUUGUCUCUUGCCAGUAGCCUAUGGGGCUUUUUCAACCUCUGCCACUGUGGGUUCGGGGUCUCACUCUGUCGCUUCUUCGACUUCUUCGGGAAAAUACUCCCAAUUUACCAUUCCGUCUAGUGCCGAUGUUGCCGCAGACCUGAUUGCCAAUAUUGAGGAUCCCGAAGCCGUCGAUGCACAGUCGGUUUGUCCCGGCUACAAGGCCUCGAAUGUCAAGGAGUCUGCUCGGGGUUUGACCGCUACUCUGACCUUAGCUGGAAAGCCAUGCAAUGUCUACGGCACCGAUGUAGACUCGUUGGACUUUUCCAUCGAGUACCUUGCUAAUGACCGCCUUAACGUUCAAAUCGUCCCGACUUAUCUUGAUUCUUCAAACUCUUCUUGGUUCGUGUUGGAUGAACAUGUCGUUCCCCGACCCAGUUCCGAUCGUCAUGCUUCAAAGAAGCAUAGUGAUCUUGAGAUCACCUGGUCGAAUGAACCUUCUUUCCAUUUUCAGGUGACCCGCAAGGCUACCCGUGAUGCGAUCUUCGAUACCACUGGCUCGGUCUUGGUCUUUGAGAACCAGUUUAUUGAGUUUGUUACCUCCUUGCCCAAGGAUUAUAAUCUGUAUGGCAUUGGAGAGCACAUUCAGCAGCUGCGCCUCUUGAACAACCUCACUUUGACUCUCUAUGCGUCGGAUAUUGGUGACCCAAUUGAUGACAAUCUUUACGGCUCUCAGCCUUUCUAUCUAGACACUCGCUACUAUGAGGUUGACCGCAAGGGUCAUCACACCCUCGUUGCAAGUGACAAGGCCGAUCAGUCCAAAAACUAUGUUUCCUUCUCCCACGGUGUCUUCUCUAGAAAUGCACAUGGUCAAGAAGUUGUCAUGAAUCCUGAGGGACUAAAGUGGCGCACCCUGGGAGGUAGUAUUGAUCUCACUUUCUACUCGGGUCCUAGCCAAGCGGAUGUGACCAAGAACUACCAGUUGAGUACCAUUGGCUUGCCAGCAUUGCAGCAGUACUUUACUCUUGGCUUUCACCAGUGCCGCUGGGGCUACAAUAACUGGACUGAGCUUGAAGAAGUUGUCGCCAACUUUGAGAAGUUUGAAAUCCCUCUUGAGACUAUCUGGAAUGACAUCGAUUAUAUGCAUGGCUACCGUGACUUCGACAACGAUCAAUAUCGCUAUCCCUACAGUGAGGGCGAAGAGUUCCUAGAGAAGCUGCACAGCAGUGGCCGUCACUAUGUCCCCAUUAUAGAUGCGGCUAUCUACAUUCCAAACCCUAAUAACGCCUCUGAUGCCUAUGAUACCUACACCCGCGGACACAAGGAUGACGUCUUCCUAAAGAAUCCCGAUGGAAGCGAGUAUAUUGGCGCUGUCUGGCCCGGCUACACUGUCUUCCCGGACUGGCACAAUCCCAAGACUGGGGAUUUCUGGGCAAAAGAAAUCGCUAUCUGGCAAAAGAAGAUGGCCAUUGAUGGCAUCUGGAUUGAUAUGAAUGAGGUUUCUUCCUUCUGCGUUGGCAGCUGUGGAUCUGGAAAUCUUAGUAUGAAUCCAGCUCACCCUUCGUUCUCCCUGCCCGGAGAGCCUGGCAACGUCAUCUAUGACUAUCCGGAAGGAUUCGAGAUCAGUAACAAGACCGAAGCUGCUGCUGCGUCUGCAGCGUCGUCCAGCCAGGCUGCUGCCGCUGCAACUGGCGGCUCUACAUCUUCGUCUACUUCUUAUCUGCGGACAACACCCACACCGGGAGUACGCAACAUCAACCAUCCACCAUAUGUGAUCAAUCACGAUCAGCGUGGCCACGACCUUAGCUCGCACGCCGUGUCCCCAAAUGCCACUCACUCCGAUGGCGUCCAAGAAUAUGAUGUGCACAACCUCUUCGGCCACCAAAUCCUCAAUGCGACCUAUCAUGGCCUACUGAAGGUCGACGAAAAGAAGCGUCCCUUCAUUAUCGGUCGCUCAACAUUUGCAGGAUCUGGUAAAUGGGCCGGCCACUGGGGUGGCGACAACGCCUCGAGAUGGGCAUUCAUGUUCUUCUCCAUCCCCCAAGCCCUCUCAUUUUCCCUCUUCGGAAUCCCCAUGUUCGGUGUUGACACCUGCGGCUUCAACGGCAACACCGAUGAGGAACUCUGCAACCGCUGGAUGCAAUUAUCGGCCUUCUUCCCCUUCUAUCGCAACCACAACACCCUCUCUGCAAUCCCCCAAGAGCCCUACAUCUGGGAAUCCGUCACAGCUGCCACCAAAUCCGCCAUGAAGAUCCGCUACGCAAUUCUCCCUUACUUCUACACCCUCUUCCACGAAGCCCACACAACCGGAUCCACCGUCAUGCGCGCCCUGGCCUGGGAAUUCCCCAUAGAUCCCUCCCUCGCCGCAGUCGACACCCAGUUCCUCCUCGGUCCUUCUAUCAUGGUCGUUCCCGUACUCGCCCCCCAAGCCACCUCCGUCAAGGGUGUCUUCCCGGGAGUCAAGAACGGCGAGAUUUGGUAUGACUGGUACAACCAGACAGCCGUGGACGCAAAGCCCGGUGUGAACACCACCAUUCCCGCCCCACUUGGCCAUAUCCCCGUUUUCGUACGUGGAGGCAGCAUCUUGCCGAUGCAGGAGCCAGCUUUGACUACGAAGGAGACCCGUGGCACGCCCUGGUCUUUACUUGUUGCGCUCAGUGGCAGCUCCACUGCCUCGGGUCAGUUGUAUCUCGAUGACGGAGAGAGCAAUGUCCCAGAUGAAAUACUUGAUGUUGCUUUCAGGGUCAAGGGGUCCAGCUUGAGUGUCAAGGCAAAGGGUAACUGGGAGGAAUCAAACCCUCUUGCUACUGUUACUGUUCUUGGUGUGUCUGAGGAGCCUGGCAAUGUUAGAUUUAAUGGUAAGCCUGUGCCGGAUUCUGGGGUGCAUUACAAUGCUACUUCGCAUGUGUUGUCUGUUGGUGGUUUGCAGAAUUUGACUAAGGAGGGUGCUUUCAGUGAGAACUGGACCCUUAAGUGGUAG